AUGUCUGACCUAGCAGGUAGAAUUACUAGAGCAAGGACCCAUGCCUGCGGAAACAUUAAAGGCACUAUAGUUAUUAAACUGCGGCGAUAUGCGAAAGAUACUGACAUGAAUAGAGAGGAGUUGGGAAAUAUUAUGACUGUAAGGACGAAACCAGCAGGUCUAUUAAUUGGAAAAAGCAAUGGCCAUUGUGACGAUGAAGGAGAAUCCAAGAUGGAACCACACGUGGGGUUAGAGUUUGAUUCGGCAGAAGAGGCCCAAGAGUUUUACAGUGACUAUGCAACCCAAGUGGGGUUCAAAAUUAGGAUAGGUCAGCUGUAUAGAUCCAGAGUUGAUGGUGCUGUUAUUUCUCGGAGAUUUGUAUGUUCAAAGGAAGGAUUUCAGACAAAUGCAAGAACUGGCUGUCCUGCUUUCAUAAGAGUGCAAAAAGUUGAUUCUGGGAAGUGGGUUUUGGCCAAUAUAAAGAACGAUCAUAACCAUGAACUUGAAGUCCCUGGAGAAAUUUGUCCACCCCAGAUUCAGAGAAAAAGUUUUCCAACUCCUAGGUCAUCAGCUGGUGGGGCAAGUAGGACAGGUAUCAGAUCACAUGAGGAGGAUGGUCUAUCUGGUGUUGUUGAUAUCAAACGUCUCAAAAAGGAAGACGUGGGUGGAAUUGCAGUACCUAUAGGUGAACCAUACAAGGGUCUUGAAUUUAAUUCUGCUGAUGAAGCAUACAAAUUCUACAACACAUUUGCAGCCAUUACAGGAUUUAAAGUCAGGAUAGGUCAAUUAUUCCGCUCCAAACAUGAUGGAUCAAUUACAUCCCGAAGAUUUGUGUGCUCCAAGGAAGGGCAUCAACACCCUUCAAGAGUAGGUUGUGGAGCAUACAUGAGAAUUCAAAGACAAGAAUCAGGAAGGUGGGUUGUCGAUCGUCUUCAAAAGGAACACAAUCAUGAAUUUGACAGUCCCACGGAUCCUAGUAGAAGAGUGACAGUUGCAUCAAAGGGGUAUAGAGAGGAAGGAAGCAGUGGAUUGGAAAAUUUGGAUUUAGUUGAAACAAAUGGAGGCCUCAGCCUUGUCAAACGAGUGCGAGAAAGUAAUGGCGCAUUCUUUGCUGGCAUUCCUGUGGAUGGAAGCUUGAAAUCAUAUUUCAGUCCGCUAUUGACAGCCCAAACACCUCUCGAUGAAUUUGUUGUAAGAUAUGAGAAAGCUCUUGAACAACGUCGUGAAGAGGAAAGGAAGGAGGACUUUAACUCGUUUAAUAUACAAGCAGUUUUGCAUACAAAAGACCCCAUAGAAGAACAGUGUAGAAGGCUUUACACCAUCACAAUGUUCAAAGUAUUUCAGAAAGAGCUUUUAGAAUGCUAUAGCUAUGUUGGAAUAAAAAUAAAUGUCGAAGGAGCCAUCAGUAGAUAUCUGGCACGCUUUGAAGCAGGUGGUUCUCAAGAUUUCAAGCCCCUGAUGUUUUGGAGUUUACGAGAAGAAGCCCGUAAUUUUAUUGAGGCAGGAGCAGCUUCUUUGGAAAGAUACAAACUCGCUUUCGAGAUCAUGCAGGAGGGUAGAAGAAGUCUCUGCUGGCAAAACUAG